AUGCUAGUAUUAGCCCCGUUUUGGAGCGGAUUCCACUUCCAGUUCGAUGUCGGCCCUAAAGUUAAGAUCAUUCCUGUAACUUCCCUCGAUGACAACGUGCUGAACGAGAAUGUCAUCCACGACCUAGAGAAAGCUCUUGCAAGCACGGAAUGCAAACCUAAAGGAGUUGUUCUGUGUAAUCCACACAACCCUCUCGGCCAGUGCUACACGAAGAGUGCGCUGAAGGCGAUCUGCAAGUUCUGUGAGAAGCACGACCUGCAUCUCAUUUCAGAUGAGAUCUAUGCUUUGUCAACGUACGAAUCGGAGGAUAUGCCACGACCAAUGCCAUUUGUAUCGCUCCUCAGCCUGGACUUCGAAGCGAUGGAAGUCAGCCCGGCAAGGGCGCAUGUGAUUUGGAGUGUCAGCAAGGAUUUUGGAUGCAGUGGAUUUCGACUUGGUGCGCUCGUAACCCAAGGCAGUCCUGCGAUGGCCUGCGGUGUAGCGAUGGCCGCAAACACACAGGUAUCUGGUCUCACGGCCGUCGCUGUCUCGAGUCUACUGUCCGACCCGGAAACUACGGACAGGUUUAUUGAGUUGAACCGGAGCAGGCUCGCCAUUGCAUAUGAAACCAUGGCAUCAUUUCUACGCAGCCUCAACGUCCGAUAUGUGCCCGCAUAUGCGGGCAUCUAUAUCUGGGCAAAGUUGUCUGAGAAGGUGCAAUCUUGGGAUCAAGAGGCUCAGUUAACAAAGAUGAUAGCCGAUAAUGGCGUCGCUGUCAGUGCGGGGAAAAGUUACGCGGCGCGAGAUCCUGGUUGGUAUCGACUUUCUUUCGCGCUUGAACCAGAGAAGCUGCAGGAGGGAUUGCGAAGAUUAGCAAUAGGCAUCGCCGCUUUUGAGAAUCAGGGCUAG